UCCGUAGAAAUGGAUACGCCCAGAGUGACCAGGAGCAAAAGUAAACAGCAAACCCUCGGCCCCGCGGCCUCGCGAGUGAGCAGACAGGAAACGUCCGGCUCAGGUGUCUCUCCGAAGGAUCCCCCGAAAACGAAGACGGCCGGCCGGCAGAGGAGACCUGCGGGCCCGGGAGCCGUCGAGACGCCCCAGGAGGGAGAGGCGUCGGAGGCAGAGUCAAACUGUUCCUCCGCGUCUGGGUUUCAGGGGACCACCACGGUCAGGGUAACGAGGAGGCGGCUGAUCGUCAUCACCCAGCAGCCCGAAGCCCGACCCCGGAGUCGACGCAAGACGAUCUCUCAGAGCGAGUCCGUCAAGUCCCGUGAAGACGAAGUGUCCGAAGCCGAGUCCUGCGCUUCUAGGGGUCGGGGGAGGACCAGGCCGAGCCGGGCUAAAUGGUUACCAGAUCCAGCCUGCGAGGCCCGUGCGGAAGAAGUUUCCGACGCCGAAUCGUGGUGCUCGGGCAUCUCGUCUUGGAGAACGGAGAGACUGUUGAGGAGCAGCCGGAGGAAGCUUCAGAAAGAAACCGGGAAAGAGGGGGAGCACGCGGGCGGAGAGCGGGCUGGAAACGCCGAUCUUGUCGAGCCAGCCGCCGCCUGCGGAUUCCCCGACCUUCUGAAACUGGAGGAUUCGGAGGUAGAAGCCGCUUCGACCUUACCCGAAAAACCCGCCUCUCCAAGCCGCAAACCUGAGCGGCCUCAGAAUGAAACCCGGCGCAACUCCAACGAUGAAAUCCUGAGCGAAGCUAUCGCACAGUUUUUAACCAGGGCAAGAGGGGAAAACUCAACUAGCGCGUCCCCGUGUAAGGAAGCAGCAGUGGAGACGUCCCCUAGGGUUUUAGAACAGGCAGAUGAAGAUUCUGGCUUAAAGGAGAAAGAAAAAGAAUUCCAGUUGAAACUCUCUCAAUCUAAACAGAGUAGCCCAAGAAAGUCGUUCACUCCCCCAAAGCAGUCAACCCCGGACAAAAAUCAAACCGUUUCAGAGCCCCAGAGGGCUGACGAUGGAGUAAUGAAGAACUCUUCAACUAAUGAAUUUGACUUUGUGGAAGUGGACACGCAGCCUAAAAAGACAGACAGCCCAAAGAUAACGACAUGCAGCCCUCCCAUUACCUGUGGAGGUGGGAAAAUGAGUGUCAUUAACCAAACCCCUAGUAACCAAAACCAGGAAAUGGAAAGUUUAGAGAGUGAUACCAAUCUACGCUCGCCUGGGUUUAGCCCAACUCAGGAUAAGCGUGAUUCUCUCCGGUUAGUCCUUGACAGCGAUGACAACCGGGAAUGUGAAGACAGCGAGGCUGAAGGAGAUACGUUGUGUUUUGUUGAAAGUCACAAACAGCCACCGUCCUUGGACAAAGAUUCGGAAGGUAGUACUUCUCGCACAGAUGCUCUCUUUGUCAUCGAUACCACUCCUGGGUUGCACGCCGAUCAGAAAUACUACCUAGAUGAAGAGAGCGAAAGUGAGGUUGAAAUAGAGGAGGAGGCGAAAGAGGAGGAGGAAGAGGAGGCGAAAGAGGAGGAGGAGGAGGAAGUGGUGGAAGAAGAGGAGGAGGAAGAGGAGGAGGAACCAUCAGAUCAUGAAGAAGCGGAAGAUGACUUUGUAGAUGAAGAUGAAAGUGUAUUUAAAGAUACAAAGAUGAGCCUGUUGAAGCUGUCUAGCAGUUCUAUAGACCCCGGUCUAAGUAUCAAACAACUCGGCGGCUUGUAUAUCAAUCUUGAUGCAGACAAAGCCGUGACCAGCAAAAACACUCUUACACAGAUUAAGGAGAAAAAGAAGAAAGAGCUCUUGCAGAAAUGUAUUGUGAGCCCUGAUUUUGAAAAAAAAGACUGUAUCCCACCGUACAAGGAGUCAAAGAAUCAACUGAAGAAAAAACGCAGACAAGAACGAGAAAAAACAACAGGAGACGGCUGGUUUGGAAUGAAAGCCCCCGAGCUGACAACCGAAUUGAAAAACGAUCUGCAAGCCCUGAAGCUGAGAGGGAGCAUGGACCCUAAACGCUUUUACAAGAAGAACGAUAGAGAUGGCUUCCCCAAGUACUUCCAGGUUGGUACUGUGGUCGAUAAUCCAGUUGACUUCUAUCACGCACGGAUUCCGAAGAAGCAAAGGAAGAGAACAAUUGUGGAAGAAUUGCUGGCUGAUUCUGAGUUCAGAAGUUACAACAAAAAGAAGUACCAAGAGAUCAUGAUCGAAAGGGCGGCUGAUGCAGCGGGCAAGAAGAAUAAGAAGAAAAGGAAAUUUCGCAAUUAAGACUGGCACAAGAUACCCAACCCUUCGCUUCAUCUUUUCGGAACUGUUCAUUCAAGUCGAAUGAAGACUAAAAAUAGCAUAUUAAUUUGGAAUAGGGCUGGCCCCAUUUUUGCCUCGUGUUUGCCUUCAAAGAAAGGUGAUUUGAGAGAGAAUGAGAUUUUUCUCUCUAGGCUACUUUGGCCCUGUCGGGUGGACGAGAUCACGUGAAAGAAGGGGGAAGAAGAUUGGGGGGGUCCGGGCAAGAAAAAUGAUAUUAACAUGUUACGCAAAAAAGGAUAUGGGGGACUUUUCUAUAUAAAUUAUAACUAGCCUAGACUCUAUAAAAAAUAAUCAAUUGCUACAAAAUUUAAA